AUGUCGGCCGACACGACGGCUCAGCCAGCCGCUUAUCCAGUCGAUCCUCGUCCAACAAACACUACAACCAUUACACGAACGCCGUCGUCAGAGACCGCGACGGCAGCGGCCCCUAAUAAACGUUCUCAAUCACAAGGCCGAACACCAUGGCGUACAGAGCGACGAUACUCAGAAAUCGAUGACCACAUAUGGACAUAUACACUAGAUCACGAGUCAUGCGAAGGCAAUGUGGUCGGCUUCGGAAACGUAAGAAUACCAUCCGAAGAGAAUAUCGCAAAAUUAGCUGAUCGAAAACUUAGUAUACGUUGCAUAACAUGGAACAUUAACGAGAAGCCCGUCAAACUCUUGGACCUUUUGGCCGAUCACUUGGAGCAAAUUUCGGAGAAUCUCCUCGAGGACGUAAUUAUCGUCGCUCUUCAGGAGCUACCACCAUCAACAACGACAUUCCAUGAAGAUGCCUUGGCAAUACUCGUAAAACCUUUACGAAAUACUCACGAUACCUAUUUCUCCUAUAGGGCUUGGAGUCAAAUGAUAUUCGUCUUUAUCCGAAAAACACAUACUCGCUUCGCGACAGAUCCUGUCGCCAAGUUCGUACCAGCCACUGCAUUGGCGAAACCCGUACGGACGAAAGGUGCUAUCGGGGUAUGCCUACGGCUUUAUCAACGAUGGGUUGUGAUUAUUGCUUGUCAUCUUACACAUGCUACCGCUUUACAAAGGAUACAGGACUAUCACAAAGUGAUGAAAACUCUUAAAUUCCAUACGCUGUGUAGUUUCAAAGGGAGUGACGACAUAUUCCAUGCUGACUGUGUAUUGUGGUUGGGUGAUCUCAAUUUUCGCAUCACACAAGAUUCUGGAGUUAAUUGGAAGUCUCAACUGCUCGAGCCAAACACAAGAGAUAUCGAGAACACAAUGCAAAAUGAUGAGCUUGCUCUAGUUCGACAAAAAGAACUCGCCUUCUCAGAAUUCACUGAGGCUCCCGUCACGUUUGCUCCAACGCACAAAUUCGAAGUAGGAACAAAUGACUACGUGCCCAAUCGCAUACCUUCUUUUACGGUAAUUAAUUACUUAGUAAAUCAUAUGGGGCAAAAAGAGCAUUCAUAUAACAAGCAAUGCAAUGGAAAAAGGGCCUAA